UGACAGUGCCAUUCCUGCUGCAACAUAGCGAGCUCAGCUGCUUUCUGCAAUCUUUAGUGUUGCCAUAGAGGACACAGUGGAAGUGUCGAGUCACACCGUUUCAACAUGAAUGGCAACUUUGAAGACGUCGAGGACAGGGAUGGCGUCCGAUUCUCCUGGAACGCCUGGCCCUCCAGUCGUAUCGAAGCGACUAGGACCGUCGUACCUAUCUCGGCGCUUUACACGCCGUUGAAGGAACGACCGGAUCUACCACCUGUAAUGUACGAGCCAGUGACUUGUAAAGGAUCCUGCAAGGCAAUCUUGAACCCGUAUUGUCAAAUCGAUGUGCGGGGGAAGAUGUGGAUCUGCCCAUUCUGUCUCCAGCGAAAUCCUUUCCCACCGCAUUACAAGGACAUCACAGCGACCAACCUCCCCGCUGAGCUCUUGCCCAAAUACACGACAAUCGAAUACACUCUCAGUCGAGGUGCUCAGAUCCCUCCAAUCUUUCUAUACGUUGUCGACACGUGUGUGGACGAAGAUGAGCUCAAGGCACUCCGAGAUACACUGGUCGUCAGCUUGAGCUUGUUACCUCCGAAUGCUUUGGUUGGGUUGAUCACUUAUGGCACAAUGACUAUGGUACACGAGCUCGCUUAUGCCGACUGCCCUAAAUCCUACGUGUUCCGAGGAUCCAAAGACUACCAACCGAAACAGAUUGCCGACAUGUUGGGCUUGAACCCUUCUUCUCGACCUAUGCAAGCGCCUAGACCUGGUCAACCUAUCCCUGCGCCCGCGGCGUCCAAGUUCUUGAUGCCCGUUCAAGCUUGCGAAUUCCAGUUGACAAACAUCCUCGAGGGUCUACAACGGGAUCCAUGGCCAGUGGAGCAGGACAAGCGACCUUUGAGAUGUACAGGCGUUGCUUUGGCCGUUGCAGUAUCCCUGCUCGAGGCCGCCUUCCCCAACACUGGUGCGCGCAUCAUGUUGUUUGCUGGUGGGCCGGCAACCGAUGGGCCUGGUUUGGUGGUUGGACCCGAGUUGCGAGAGCCUAUUCGAUCUCAUCACGAUAUCGAUAGGGACAGUGUGAAGCAUUUCAAGCGAGCUACAAAGUAUUAUGAGACCCUCUCCAAACGAGCCUCUGUUAAUGGUCACGCUAUCGACGUAUAUGCCGGAUGUCUAGAUCAAGUCGGUUUGCUGGAAAUGAAAUCGCUCACCAACGCAACAAAUGGAUUCAUGAUUAUCUCCGAUUCCUUCAUGACUGCUAUUUUCAAGCAGAGUUUCCUACGUACGCUUGGCAAAGACGAGCAAGAAUUCCUCAAGAUGGGUUUCAACGGGACAUUUGAGGUCUUGACGACGAAAGAGCUCAAGAUCUCUGGAGUCAUCGGACAUGUCAUCUCUGCCAACAAGAAAUCCUCCUGUGUGGGCGAAACUGAGAUUGGUAUCGGUCAAACAUCAGCUUGGAAAGUCUGCUCUCUCACUCCAAAGACAUCCCUCGCGACGUAUUUCGAGGUCGUCACUCCUGCCGGUCAACCUGUUGGACCGAACCAAUCGGGUCUGAUCCAAUUCGUCACACACUAUCAGCAUUCGUCCGGGCAAUAUAGGCUUCGAGUGACGACUGUAGCUCGAACGUUCCACGAAGGCGGACAUCCAGCGAUCGCUCAGUCCUUCGACCAAGAAGCUGCGGCGGUCCUCAUGGCCAGAAUAGCGGUCUUCAAGGCUGAGAUUGAUGACUCUCCAGACGUCUUACGAUGGUUGGAUAGAAUGCUCAUUCGCCUGUGCCAAAAGUUUGCAGAAUAUCGAAAAGAGGAUCCCGGCAGCUUCCAACUUGGUCCAAACUUUUCAAUCUAUCCUCAGUUCAUGUUCCAUUUGAGGCGAAGUCAGUUCUUGCAAGUAUUUAACAAUUCGCCAGACGAGACGGCAUUCUACAGACACGUUCUCAACGAUGCAGACGUCAACAACUCGCUCAUCAUGAUUCAACCUACACUCAUGUCUUACACUUUCGAUACGGAUCCACAUCCUGUUCUCCUCGACUCGGUCUCUAUUCGACCCGAUGUCAUUCUGCUUCUCGAUACAUUCUUCCAUAUUCUCAUCUUCCACGGCGAGACGGUCGCUCAAUGGCGUAAAGCCAAUUACCACGAACAGGAAGGCUAUGAGAAUUUCAAGGAAUUGCUAGAGAACCCCAUUGCAGACGCUCAAGAAUUGCUCGAGGAUCGACUACCUAUCCCUCGAUACAUUGUCUGUGAUCAGGGUGGAUCUCAAGCUCGAUUCUUGUUGUCCAAGUUGAAUCCUUCGACGACUCACAUGUCUGGAAACUCGUAUGGAGCUGCGGGUGGCGGGGGCGGUCAAGCCAUCUUCACUGACGAUGUCAGCUUGCAAGUCUUCAUGGAGCAUCUCAAGAGAUUGGCUGUCGGUGCCUCCACCAGCUAAGCCUCCGAGUUGUGAACGGUGGUCGGUGGUCUGCGGCGUCGCGGUCCCCCGUCUCAUGAAGGUUUACAGAUGGUUGCAUUGGGAUGGAUAGAUCGUACAAGGUAAACGAUUGAUGUGCUCAAUUGAAUGCAAAUGGAUGAUGUCAACG